AUGUAUGAAGCAUAUAUGAGCUGGGAACUGCAACUUGGAAUCAAGGUUUUGGUUGAGAGGAAAGGUGGAAAGCUCGAAAACAAGUAUAGUGGACCAUACAUUAUUAAGACCUCAGAUGGAAAGGGUGUCUAUACCCUUAAGGACUUGGAUGGGAAGGUGUUAAAAAAGAAAUGUAACAUCAAACGUCUCAAGGUUUAUAUGGAUCCUUCUUCAUUGGUUGAACAAAAAGCUCUCAGUGGCCAAACUCCACCGGAUAAAUCCAAUGGCUCUACCCAACCAGAGAAAUCCAAUGGCCCCACCCCACCAGAAGAUCCAAAUGGCCCCACCCCACCGGAGAAAUCCGAUGGUCCCACCCCACCAGAAUAUCAAAAUGGCCCCACCACAUUGGAUGAUCCCAAUGUCCCUACUUCACCGGACAGGCUCAAUGACCAAUUGGAGGAUCCCAAUGGACCCACACUCCUGGAUAAUACGCCUGGCCUCUCUUCAGAAUACGUUUCCAGUGGGUUUGAUGAUCCUAUUCUGAUGGAAUGUCUGUUUGAUCCAAGCCUUUUGAGACUGUAUAUACAGAACAGGAGCUUCUACACAUCUGUACAGAAGUGAGGAGGAUGAUGAUUUUGAUUUAUCGUACCUCUUUCAAAACAAGUACGAGUAUGUUGAGCAAAGAUACUGAUGUGGCACUGUGGCUAGCUUACAGAGCAUACACCCAUCAACCAGACUUAGUUGAAGCGUUUGACUUCGUGGUCGUCAAUUCACUCCUUCACAAUCAGUUUGACGACUUCAAAAAAGCAGAAAACACUGACAUCAGCUACUUAGAAAUGAACAGCCUGUUACACUUCUACAUCCGUCAACACCCCCAGUCUGGUACUUUCCUGACAAAAA